AAUGUAAUUUAAUGUAGCAACAACUGCCUUCCUCCUACCCUCCUUGACCGUCCCCCUCCUCAACCAGUGGCUGUUUUUCACAACUCAGGCUUCAAGUCUCCCGCGGCCAUGUGUGAGUGGGCACUGGUCAUGACCUUCUUCCUCCUCUUCAGCCUCUUCGCCGCCGAGUUCCGCUGCAUUGAAUGCCACCGGCUCACUGUGUACAAGCAGGUUGCGAAGAAGAACCAAAGCAGUGACACCAGCGACAGGAACCCUGUGACAUAGCGUGGCUUGAACCACCACUGGAUAGCUUUGGAGAGAUCACUAAAGCACCACAUUGUUAUGCUGUUUUCAGAGUAGACUUGAUUAUGCAGUGGUGGUGGACAUUGCCAUGUUGCAACUAUCUUAUGUUGUGUGUGUGGAACAUUAUGGGUUGGAGUGUCACCACCUAGUGGCAUCAUUUUGUCCCCAGAAAGGUUUAGAUAGCCUUAAAAAGACAAAUGAGACGGGUUAAACUUGAGGUACUCCAGUAUUCACAUUCAUAAUUAUUGUCAACACUGAUGUUGAACAUCUGAACAUCUGAAAAGCAUGGAAUAAACAAGCCUAUGUACCCUGACCAUACACCACCAACCACACCUAACAACCAACAGCCUAUAUAUUACAUUAUAUGUAGGCCUAGUUCUGUGGUUUAUUUAAACAUUCAUAACGGCCGUAAUACAUAUUUCAAGUCUUACCUUUUUAGAUUCCCUUGUACGAAAAAGCAAACUUGCCUACAUGAUGUAAAUAUGCAUUUAGAAAAACAUUGUCUAAAUACUUCUACAUUUCAAUGGUUGUGCGACUGCAGGAAUUGUGUGGAAUUAAAUAUGAAACACGGAAAGUAGCAUCUGCAUCUUUAAGUUAUUUAGUCAAACUUCGGAAUGAUUGUUUUGUACACGCCCAUCAAAAUGUCACUGUUAGGUAGGUAAUUGCCAGCGAUACGCCUUUGAAACUUCUGGAACUUCAAGCUAACUUCAUAGUGCAGAAGACGCCGAUCAUAUGUUGUAUUUUUCUUUGAUAAGGCGGAUAAGUCCAGGCUACUUACACAUUACAUAGGUUAAACGUCACAUUACCUACAUCAUCAGCCUAUCGCGACUGCGAUCGCUGCUUUCUUGCAGAAGACCUAAGACCACAGUGAGGCACACUUGCUGUUAGUUCCUGUUUGACUUUUAUCUAAAAUGGUUGGUUUAAGUUAUAAGCAAAAGCAGGGCUAGGUAUAGCCUAUUAUUGAUAGAUGACGGGGAAUAUCACAAACUUUAAGAUAUUAAGAUCAUGCCGACUGUCCCUGAAAGUCUGUGAGGCAAUGUCAUACGAUGUGCACAAGUGAUGUAACGUUAAAUAAAUAGGAUAAUAUUCUUACUUAUUCGUAGUCUGGUGUGUUUAGAAUGUGGGCCUGGGCAUUACUUCCUGUUUUGUUGGCAGCAGGAGGCAUCGUAGGAAUCUGGACAGUAUAUGCUAUUUCAGUGUCAAAUAACUCUGUCAAUGUGACAGCAAAAUUCCCUUUCAUCAGUGAGUGUGCUGCCUAUCAGCCCGAGAGUGCUGUGUUCUGUCUCUUCUGCAAUGUGUGGGCUUCACUCAUAAUCUGGGUGGUGGUGAUCCGGUAUCAGCAGGUGCGUGACCUGGGUGACCAGUGUCGCCGUGCCAACCUGGCUGCCCUGGUGCUCGGCUUCAUUGCUGCCUCCGGGGUCUCCAUCCUCGGCAGCUUUCCGUUGAAGGCAUCUGUGGUGAUACAUCUGUUCGGGGCAUACCUGGCUUUCUUCGUGGGCCUGGCCUACUUCUGGGUGCAGCUGUGGCUCACGUAUAAGGCUGGGCCGUCCCAGGACCGCCACUGGGUGGGGCCGUGGCGCGUUGCUCUAUGCAGCUUGUGCACCUUGUUCCUCAUUGGUAUGUUCAUUCUCAAGCCCGCAGGCUUUAGGUCUCAGGCUGCCAUUAGUGAGUGGGCCAUGAUCAUGGUCUUCUUCAUUCUCUUUGGCUCCUUUGCCGUCGAGUUUCGUCACGUCGACCGUUUCCAGGUAACUGUGCAGAAGCAGGAUGGGGCCAUGGGAAGCAAUGAUGUCUCCACGAAGAGAAGUCUGGUGGUGUACCAAUCAUAGACAUAUAUAGAUAUAUAUGUCUAUGGUACCAAUGCCCAAGCCUUUCGGAUGUCCCAUCGGGCUGAUGGUACCAAAACAUUCCUGUCGGUUUUAUGGUUAUGCUAUUCCAAGCAUUAGAAGCCCUGGGACUGAAAUGUUUGUGUGGGAGUGGGGGAACUAAAAGGGAAUUUGACAGUAUCAUUAUCAUCAUUUUGUCCUGACUAGUUGCUAAAGUCUUAGUCUUAAUCACUCUAGUUUGGCCAUAACUAUGUUGAAAGCUGUUGUGUUUGUUUGUGCCAUAUUUAGAUGACAAUUGUAUAUAGUUUUAAUGUCAAUUAGAACACUUGUAUAUGCUGCAUUUUUAUAUAUUUUUUAUUUUAACAGAUAAUAUUAACCUUUUCUGUGUUUUACAAGUUUUUUUGGACUAUUUAACUUUCCUAACCUCAAUUUGAAUAAUUUGAUGUUCACACAGCUAGUUUGUUGCUAUGACAGAGGUCUGUUUAAAAAAAAAAGGCCUAUCAAUGAACACAGUUGCCUUGCAAACACCAACAACAGCACAGUUGGAGCUGAUAUAUUUUCAUGAUAUUGUGCUAAAGUACACAGUAAGUAGCCUGGGUGGUUGCUGGGAAUGAUGGGUGUGUUUACCUCUCCUUCACCUACCAAAAUAACCAAUAAAAAUGUAUUGCAUGUAUACACAA